AUGGCAGCUUCCGAAGUUUUCUUUGGGCCUUUCAAGGUCUCGACACAGGUUUUUUAUAAGACAAGAUUGUCCAUGGCUAUAGUAAACAUCAAACCAAUUCUUCCCGGUCAUGUCCUUGUCUGUCCGAUACGAGUCGUUGCACGGUACAAAGAUAUGACCAGUGAAGAGGUUCUGGAUCAUGCUUUGGCCGUCCAAAAAGUUGUGAAGGUGAUUGAAAGAAUUUAUGGUACUACUGGUACAACUAUCGCUAUUCAGGACGGAGGUUCCGCUGGACAAAGUGUCCCACAUGUCCACACUCACAUCAUUCCUCGCAAACUGAACGAUUUCCCGUCAAUUGACGAUGUUUACACACAUCUUGAAAGCCCGGACAGCAAUGUCGGCAAAUUCCUGGAGAUCCAACGGCUGAGAAAGACAGUCGAGGAACAAAAGAAGGAACUUGUAGUCGAGAGUACGAGUCGGCCACCUCGGACGAUGGAGGAAAUGGAGGAGGAAACCCGGAUGUUGGCGGCUGAGAUUGAGAAGGAAACGGGGUCGAAGUUGUAG